GGGACGCCAUAGACGAUGGAUGAUGCCAGAAGCGGAGGUGGAAUACAGCAAGUUCCGACAGUGCUGCUGAGGUCGGCCAACGCUCCCGCUGCUGCCAAACAACAUGCGAGAAGCCGGGAGAGAGCGCAGCAAAGAGCCCAGCCUGCCACCUUGCUGUCCCUGUGGCUUCUGGGGCCAGCGUUUCCACUACCAACCGUUUAUGCUGCUGCUGCUGCCGCUGCUGCACAUUCCCGAGGGACCCUGCUACCGCCGCCGCAUGUUCCGGAGGGCGGCCCGCUGUUGCCCCAUGUUCAGGAGGGCCGCUGCCGCUGCACGGUCCAGAGGGCCACCGACAUCACCGCACCCGCACCGUCUGGAGGGCCACCGCCACCGCCGCACUUUCCGGAGGGCUGCUGUCGCCACCGCCGCCACCGCUGCCGCAAGUUCCUGAGGGCGGCAGCCGCAGCCGCCCCACAUUCCGGAGGGUGGCCGCCCCCGCAUAUCCGGGAGGGCCGUUGCCGCCGCCUCCACCGCCGCAAGUUCCGGAGGGCCGUCGCCGCCAUCGCUGCCACCGCCGCACGGUCCAGAGGGCCACCGCCACCGCCGCACUUUCUGGAGGGCUGCUGUCGCCCUGCCGCCACCGCUGCUGCAAGUUCCUGAGGAUCGCCCCCGCCGCCCCACGUUCCGGAGGGCUGCCGAUGCAGCUGCCCGAUUCCGAGUGCAGCCGGUACAGCGCCACCACACGUUUCGGAGGACAGCCGCCACCAUCGCACAUUCCGGACAGUUCGGGAAGUGCAGCUGAGGUCGGCCAACGCUCUCGCUGCUGCCAAACAACAUGCCAGACGCCAGGAGAGAGCAGCAAAGAGCCCAGCUUGCUGCCUUGCUGUCCCUGUGGCUU